AUGGCCCUGACAUCAUGGAAAGCGUUCAACUUCAUCGACGUCGGUCCUGUCAAGCUACCAGAGGACAGCUCCGCGCUCUUCGGUAGUGACCUCGCAAGCCUCUGCACCGGAUCGGCCAACCUUUUCCUCGGUACUGUCGAUGGUUUCGUCCACAUCGUCACCUCGUCCUUCCGAGUUGCGCGGUCGUUCAAAGCUCACGAUGCGGGGUCAAUUACACAUAUGAAACAGAUCAACGGGACAUCGCUCCUGGUGACACUUGCAGAGGACUUGUCCAAUGAGCCUGUGUUGAAAGUCUGGGCGUUGGAUACGGAAACGAAAGGCGGUGCUCCGAAGUGCCUCUCGACGGUAUCCGUGCAGAAUGCUAGGCGGCAAUUUCCCGUUUCUGCCUUUGCGGCCCUGGACGAUCUCUCGCAGGUGGCGGUUGGUUUCGCGAACGGAUCAGUGACGAUCAUCCGCGGCGAUUUGAUUCAUGAUCGCGGCGCGCGCCAACGUAUUGUGUUUGAAUCGGAGGAGCCGAUUACGGGCCUUGAAACACAGAGUGGUGCCGUCACUGUGCUCUACAUUUCCACGACAAACCGCAUGCUGACCCUGGUUAUCGCGGGCCGAGGACAAGGCCAGCCUGCUCGAAUCUUGGAGGACACGGGCUGUGGGUUGGGUUGCAUGACGCUGGAUAAUGAGUCUGGGGAUAUCCUUAUUGCGAGAGAGGAUGCGGUCUACACAUAUGGCCCCCGAGGUCGGGGCCCGAGCUAUGCGUUCGAAAGCCCGAAGACAUCCAUCAAGGCCUUUCGGGAUUACGUCGCCCUGGUCUGUCCGCCGAAGGCAGGGUCAGCACGAACUGAUCCGUUACGAAACUACGGAGUGAGCCCCGCGGAUGAAAUUUUUGGCACGACCACGUUUACACUUCUUGAUACCGAUCUGAAGUUUAUCGCGCAUAGCGAGUCCUUGGUAUCACCGAUGAAACAUAUCUUCAUGGAGUGGGGUGACUUAUUCCUGCUGACCACAGACGGGAAGGUGUUUCGGUAUCGGGAGAAGACUCUACAGCAACGACUAGAGAUACUCUAUGAACGCAAUCUUUACAUACUGGCUAUCAAUCUUGCACAAAAGAUUGGCAUCAAUCCCCUGCAGCAGAAUGCCAUCUACCGCAAAUACGGAGACUUUUUGUACCAGCGCGGUGACUAUGACACUGCAAUGCAGCAGUAUUUGCGGGCUAUCGACAAUACCGAACCUUCACAGGUUAUUCGCAAGUAUUUGGACACCCAACGGAUCCAUAACUUGAUCGAAUACCUUGAAGAACUACACGAUCAUGGUCGUGCGACAGUUGAUCACACGACCCUUCUCUUAAACUGUUACGCCAAGCUGAAAGAUACUAGUAAACUAGACUCGUUCAUUAAAGCCCCUGGUGAGCUCAAAUUUGACCUGGAGACUGCUAUUGCGAUGUGUCGCCAGGGGGGUUACUACGAGCAAGCGGCCUAUCUUGCUACAAAGCAUGGGGAAAAUGACAUGGUUGUCGAUAUUUUGAUCGAAGAUUCAAAGAAUUAUGCCGAGGCUGUGGAGUAUAUUUGGCGGUUAGAUCCGGAUGUGGCUUAUCACAAUUUGAUGAAAUAUGCCCGAGUCUUGUUGAAUCAUUGCUCUGAACGUACUACUGAGCUCUUCAAAGAAUAUUAUACCGGGAAGUAUUACCCUCGUACCAAGGUCGAGCAAUCUACAGAAUCUCAGGCACAACCGAGCGCAGUGCAAGGUCUGGCUGGUCUUCUACCUCUCCGAUAUGUGACUGGAGGCUCUGGCACAGAGACCCAAAAUCUGGAGACUCCCGCUUCCCAGGAAGAGAACACCGCCAACCCACCCCCAAAUUAUGAGGUCCCAAAACCGCGAACAGCAUUUUCUGCAUUCGUGGAUCACCCGCAAGAGUUCAUUGGUUUUCUUGAAACGCUUGUGCAACAACCAGAACUCAAGGAAGAAGCUAAAGUUGACCUCUUCACGACGUUGUUCGAGAUGUAUCUCGAUACAGCAAAAGGAAAGAAAGAUGCAACGCAGAAACAAGAAUGGGAAAAUAAAGCGAAGAGGCUCAUUGAAGGCAAAGAUAUUCCAAUCUCUACUUCUAAUGUCCUCCUUCUUUCCGACCUCUCCAACUUCCGAGAAGGCUCCACGCUUGUGCGUGAGCAAGAAGGCCUGCGUCUCGACAUAUUCCGCUCAUUUACCUCCGCCAAAGAUACACAAGGCGCCAUUCAAGCCCUGAAACGCUAUGGCCCCGACGAGCCCCAGCUCUAUGUUGAUGCCUUGACGUACUUUGCCUCAAGCCCUCAGAUCCUUGAAGAGGCAGGGGACGAGCUAGACGUGGUCUUACGUCGCAUCAACGAUGAUGGUCUUCUCUCCCCACUACAGGUCAUUCAGGCACUCAGUAACAACGCUGUGGUGACCAUGGGCAGGGUGAAGAAGUACCUCAGCGAUAACAUCGACCGAGAACGGAAAGAAAUAUCCACUAACCGCCGCCUCAUCUCGAGCUACAAGUCCGAAACAGCUGCCAAACAAGAAGAACUCAAGAACCUCGCAACUCAGCCCAUUGUCUUCCAGUCCCGCCGCUGCCAAUCCUGCGGCGGCACCCUUGACCUUCCUACAGUUCACUUCCUGUGCAGACAUUCUUUCCAUGAACGUUGUCUGAAUCGUAUUGACGACGAGGCCCAGUGUCCUGUCUGUGCGCCGACAAACUCGACGCUCCGGGCUAUUCGCCAACGCCAGGUCGACUCGGCAGAACAGCACGAUCUGUUCAAGGCAGAGUUGUCACGCUCACGGGAUCGAUUUGGCGUUGUGAGUGAGUUCUUUGGGAGAGGCGUCAUGAGGUCGCAAACUACAAUGGAGAGUUGA